CUCUCUAUCUCUCUCUUCUUCUCUUCUUUCUUUCUCUGUCUCUGCAAGUCUCUUAUCUCCAUACAGCUUUCGUGGCCUCUCUCUCUCUUUCUCUCUCCCUCUCUCCCUCUCCUCUGAGUCCGAAACUCAAUCUUGAACUUUCUGCUUUCUGCGUUCUCUUUCCUAUGGCUCCCACGCCAUCUAAAGCAAACCAAACCCACCCGACCCAGAUCAAGACCCCGCAAUCGAAGCUUCGCAUUCAUUUCAAUGCCAACAAAACAAACCCAUCUCCGAAUCCGAACGCGGCGGCCAAAGAAGCCCCACAAGAUCACCCGGUCGAAGUUAUAACCCGGAUCCGCGACUACCCGGAUCGAAAAGAAAAACCCGUAUCGGUUUUGCAAAUCAAUUCCAACAACCAUUCUAUACGGGUUCGAGCCGAUUUCGGCUACCGGGACUUUAGCCUCGAUGGGGUUUCUUUGUCUGAAGAAGAGGACCUUGAUGUCUUUUACAAAAAAUUCGUGGAGUCGAGGAUUAACAGUGUGAAGUUAGGGGACAAGUGCACGAUAAUGAUGUACGGCCCGACUGGUUCGGGCAAGAGUCACACGAUGUUCGGAUGCUCGAAGCUGCCAGGUAUUGUGUACCGGUCUUUGAGGGAUAUUCUUGGAGAUGGGGAGGAAGGACAUGGAACGUUUGUGCAAGUAACUGUCUUGGAGAUAUAUAACGAAGAAAUUUUUGAUCUUUUGUCCAGCAACGGUGGAGGAGGAUUAGGCCUUGGAUGGCCUAAAGGCAGUGCAUCCAAGGUGAAACUUGAAGUAAUGGGGAAAAAGGCAAAGAAUGCAUCGUAUAUUUCAGGAACUGAAGCUGGAAAGAUUUCUAAGGAGAUACAAAAAGUGGAGAAACGAAGGAUUGUUAAAAGCACUCUCUGUAAUGACAGAAGUUCUCGUAGCCACUGCUUGAUAAUCCUUGAUGUCCCAACAGUGGGAGGACGCCUGAUGCUUGUGGACAUGGCAGGGUCCGAAAAUAUUGAGCAAGCUGGUCAAAUUGGAUUUGAGGCCAAAAUGCAGACAGCGAAGAUCAACCAAGGAAACAUAGCAUUGAAAAGAGUGGUAGAAUCCAUUGCAAAUGGUGAUUCCCAUGUGCCAUUUAGAGAUAGCAAAUUGACCAUGCUUCUGCAGGAUUCGUUUGAGGAUGACAAAUCAAAAAUUUUAAUGAUACUCUGUGCAAGCCCGGAUCCAAAGGAGAUACACAAGACGAUCUCUACCCUUGAAUAUGGAGCAAAAGCAAAAUGUAUUGUCCGUGGUCCUCAUACGCCAAAUAAGGAUAAAAUUGGCACUGAAGACUCUUCAUCUGCAGUAAUUUUAGGAUCAAGGAUUGCUGCCAUGGAUGAAUUUAUCUUUAAGCUACAAAGGGAGAACAAGCUCAAAGAGAAAGAGAGAAAUGAAGCACACAAGCAGCUCUUGAAGAAAGAAGAAGAAGUUGCUGCACUUAGAGCUAGACUUGAGCUUACUGAAAGGAGGGGAUCAGGGGCAAGUGAGGAGGAGAUCAACUUAAAGGUGAAUGAGCGGGCUCAGAUUCUGAAACGUGAGCUGGAAAAGAGAUUGGAGGAGUGCCAGAAAAUGACUAAUGAAUUUGUCGAAUUAGAGAGGAGAAGAAUGGAAGAAAGGAUAUUGCAGCAACAACAGGAAGUUGAAAUGCUGAGACAGCGGUUGGAGGAGAUUGAGUUGGAGUUAUGCCGUUCUACAGAUGCAAGUGCUGAUGAAAGUGCAUUGAAGGACAUGGAUGGAAGUGGGUUUGCCAGAAGGCUAAUGAGGAUAUAUACCAAUGAGGACCCUGGAAUGGUAAAAUCAAUGGACUUGGACAUGGAUGAUCAAGAACCGAUUGUUCGUGAGGUGAAGCAUGUAGGCGGGAUGGUUUGCAAACCUGCUGGAAUCCAAGGAAAUUUGGAUCAGUCUCAUCUAGUGGAUCAUGAUGUUUUUGGGGCAAAAUUUGGUGACAGGGUAUGUCUGAGCACUGUAUUUGAGGAAGAAGAAGUAGAUGAAGGGGAUGAUGAACAUGAAGAGAGAGUGUUAGAUGAAGAAGUGGAGAAAGAAAUCAUAGAGGAGAAGAGGGUCUGUGUGGUUGAUAAGUGUAGCCCUGUAAUCAGAGUUGAGCAGACACCAAGUCCGCCUAGCAGAAGUCCAAGGAAAAGAGACCAUCCGAAGGAAAGAUUAGAGGGUAUGGACUCGGAAUUAUUAAGUGAAGCAGAAAAUUCGAAGGAUACAGCCUCUUCUAGACGAUUGAGAAUCCAAAAUAUAUUCACACUUUGUGGGAAUCACAGAGAGUUAUCUCAACACAUCAGGACAACACCUGCAAAAAGGAGGUCUGGCCCCAUUGAUCCUCAAUCAUCUCCAACUGGGGAGGAUUCUAUUGUGAGAAAUUUCAACAAGGAGAAUUUGGAGGUCCAGAAAUACAUGCCCAUUCCAGAAUUUGAAGCCAAAAGUCCAGCAGCUACCGUGGAGCCACUUGCAUUGAACAAGAACCAAAUAUACAAUGAUGUGGCUUUGGCUUUGAAGGAGAACUACAAUCCAUAUGAUCAUGGCAAUGAUGCAAAGAUUGAAGUGUAUGUGAAAUGGGAGGCUUCAAAGGAAAUUCCUGGGAAGUUCAUUACCACGCUUAAGGUGGUAAAGGAUGCAAGCCUUGCCGACCUGAGGAAGCUGAUUGAAAUCAGUCUUGGUGCAGACAAUCAAGCAUUCACUUUUCUCGUGCUUGGGGACCCUACUGGAGCUCCAGUUCCAAGAGAGAAGGAAGGAAUGGUACCGGCCAUCAAACUUCCACUUUGCAACAACCAGGCGAAUGGCCGCUUAGCUUGCUUGCGACCAGCAAAGGGAAUACAAUGUCCUACUCAUCUUCCACCAAGCCCGCUUCCACUGAGGCCACUGGAAAAUAAAUUGCCACUCACCCCAAAUUCCUGCUACUCGCAUCAACCAGAUGAGGGUUCCGGUUUAUCACCAAACUUUAUUUCUACUCCCUUUAUUACUGUUCGAAGGCAUCAACUGGAACAACUUUAGACAUGUCUGAACUUUUGAAUGAUCUGGUGCUGCAUACUUUUAUAUAGUAUAUUAAUAUGCUCAUCUUCCUUAU